AUGCAUCUGUUGUCGCGGUUCGGCCCACUGGCUUCGACCGCCCUGUUAUUGCUUCCUACGCGAGGAGCCUCUCAGACAGUUCCUCCGCCUAAUCUUGAUCUGGACUCGCUUGGGGAGGUCACGCUCGUGGGCGAUUUCGACGCAAUCUCAGUUUACCAGUCACUUGGACAGCAACAAGGGUUUAAUAGUAAUGGGACGCAGUCGGUUUUAUCACAAUUACCAAAUGGAGCCUUCGAGGUCCUUGCAUCCACCGAUGCCAGCAUUGAGACCAUGUGUCCCUUCGUGCUGCAAGAUGGCACGUUAUCAGGCCUCGUCGUGGGAGGAAACUUUACGAGUAUUGGCGGUGUCGCGUCACGAUCGGUCGCCAUGUUGAACACAACUACUCUGGAAGUGAACCCUCUUGCAGGGAUAGAAGGAACAGUCUCGGCACUCUAUUGCGAUCAAGACACAGAAACAGUCUACGUUGGAGGGGCGUUUGAGGCAGAUAAUUCAAGCAACGCGAUUGCGUGGAAAUCAGGUGGCUGGACGAGUCUUCCCUUUGAAGGCUUCGACGCUCCUGUCAGGUCAAUCACCAAAGCUCCCAACGGACAUAUCGUUUUUGGUGGAUCGUUUACUGGCCUGGGAAAUGUAUCGUCCAAUUCUCUGGACGAUCCGGAGACUCAGGUCAUCAACCUUUCCACCGCCGACGUUACCGCAGAGGGGAACACCACCACUGCCGGCGUGGGUGAUCCAAGAAAUAUUGUUUGCCCGUCGAACAGUUCAGAUGGUUCCUCCACCUUUUUGCUCGCGGACAACACUCCCGGUUCGUGGCGGGCCGAUUUGGCCUUUGGCUUCGAACCUACCAAGCUUCGGCUGUGGAAUACUAAUCAAGACGGACGAGGCACCCGAACCUGGCGCUUCACCGCUCAUCCUAUCAAUGGAAUCAUGAACUUCACCUACACCGAUCCCGAAACCGGAGAUGAGGCACAUUGCGAUGCGAGGUGUCCACUGGCCCAGAAUUCCUCUCUGCCAUAUCAAGAUUUCUUUUUUGUCAACCUUGUGGGAAUGAACAGCUUCACCAUUUCUAUUUCGGACUGGUAUGGAGAAGGAGGUGGACUGGACGGGAUCGAGUUAUUUCAAAAUGACAUCUUCUCUUAUGCCGUCGAGGCAUUCAAUGAACCCACCUGCGAAACUACCGGUCUGAGAUCCGAUGCGACGGCCACCGGCCCUUGGUAUACAACUCCCUCCAGGCAAAGUGUCUCGGACUAUCUGAGCGCGGUGGUGGGCCCGACAACAGUCGGCACCACUUCCAUCGUUUUCCAGCCAGAUGUUCAAAAAAGCGGGAAUUAUUCUGUUAUUGUCUAUACUCCUGGCUGCCUUCAGGAUAGCUCCUGCUCAGCACGUGCAGUCGUCAAGGUGAAUGGCACCCUGACCGAAGAUGGAAGUCAAUCCUUCAGUCAACUGGUUUUCCAGACCAACAACUUCGACAAGUAUGAUCAGGUAUUCUCCGGAUACGUGGACGCUACCAGUUCAAGCUUUCGACCAUCGGUGACGCUUACACCAUCCGGACUGCAAAACGAUCAACUCAUUGUGGCAUCCCGUGUCAAAUUUGGAUUCAUCUCGACAACUGGAGGCCUCAAUGGCUUGUUUGAUUACGAUCCCAAUAGCGACUUUGUCGAUACUGAUUUCUCACAAUCGGCAAUUAAUAAUGCUGGAACUAUGCUUAAUCCUAAUGCAGACAUUUUAACGUUGACAGCCCUCGAUGAUACAAUCUACGCCGCUGGUCGAUUUUCGGACGACUCAUUCAGAAACAUCAUGGUAUUCCACGACGACAACGCCACGUCUCUGCCUGGUGGUGGGCUAAAUGCAGCAGUCUCUGGCCUUUUCAGCCUGAGAGAUUUCUUGUACAUUGGUGGUAACUUCACAAACACCAAUCAAGAUGGUGUGGAAGGCUUGAACAACGUCGCCGCAUAUCAGUACUCGACAGAUACUUGGGUGCCGCUCGGUGCUGGCCUCGAUGGCUCCGUUGAAGCCGUUGUACCUAUGCCACUGAAUAUUUCCUCAAAUGGCUCAGAAACAGUGAUUGCUUUUAGUGGUUCUUUUAGUCAGAUUCGGGCAUUUGGGUCUACUCCGGCAACACCAGCCAACGGUUUGGCCAUCUGGGUACCAUCAAGACAAGCGUGGCUUGAGACUCUCGAUAUUGAAAAGCAAGCUUUGGUCGGACGACUCUUUGCUGCAUCUUUUCUACCAAAUAAUACCUGGCUCGGCGCGGGAACAAUCGCUUCGUUAGGAUUUGCCAUAAGCGGAGCCGCCGGUAUGCGAUCGCAAUCUGGCGAAGUUCAACUUGAACCGUUGCCCAUUGAUAUCACUCCAAGCACGACCCAGUCAAUGCUGAGGAAGCGAGCUGUUCCAGACCCACAGAAUGCGACUGGUAUCAUCACUGGAACAUACUACAGUGGAAAUGGCCAAAACGUGACCAUUUUCGGUGGUCAUUUCGCUGCCUCUGCGACAAAUGGAUCCACCAUAGAGAAUCUCAUGUUCUUGAAUGGCUCCAACGACAAUCUUGUUACAGGAGCACCUCCCGGUCUUGAGUCAAACUCGACGAUAACGGCACUAGCAAUCUCCGGAGAUUUACUGUUCGCUGGUGGCAGCCUGACCGGUCAAGUCGACACGACAAGUAUUGCAGGUCUAGUUCUCAUCGACAUGACCACCACGGCCUAUCGGACAAUCCAGCCGGCGUCCCUUGAGGGCCCUAGUGUUGUCGUCAAUGCCAUUGCACCACGGACAAGUACGUCAGCAGUGUAUAUUGGUGGAGCCUUCGAUCGAACUUCUCAAGGCCUUUCUUGCCCCUCCGUCUGCAUGUAUGACACCGCCACCAAUCAAUGGAAUACGGUUGGAACUGGAUUGGAAGGAACAGUUUCGGAUUUGUUCUGGACUUCUAGUUCGACUCUUCUGGCUACGGGCAACUUGACAGUUCAAGGCAAUCAAACAUCGUUAGCCUUGUACGACACCGACAGCCAAACAUGGGACGUGCCUCCCAAUUCCGUUCCUGGACCCGUGACAGCCUUCUGCCCUGCCACCAACAAUGCGGAUCAUAUGUGGUUAGCAGGUACAGCAAACAAUGGAUCAACAUUCCUAAUUGAAGUUGAUGGAGAUAACACAAGACCAGUUGUGAAUGCAUUCAGCACUGGUACCACUAUUUAUGGCUUGCAAGUUAUGCCCUUGUCUAAAAACCAUGGUUCGACUCCGUUGCUUGACGACGAUCAAGCUCUGUUGGUCACAGGUCAAUUGAACAUCACCAACUUUGGCAGUGCUGCGGCAGCACUGUUCAAUGGCACCGAUAUGAUGCCUUUGAUACUAGCUACUACCUUGGAUGGAAAUCCUGGUACUAUUAGUCAAGUCUUCACGUCCGAGACCAACACUCUCAAAUCAAGUGAUCGUGGCCAUUCCAAAGGCAUUGUCAUACUCGUUGCUCUCUGUGCAGCAUUGGGUACGAUAUUCCUUAUAAUAUUAAUUGGCAUCAUCCUGAAUCGCAUUCAACGUCGGCGUGCGGGUUAUAAGACCGUCCCGAAUGUUCCAUACGCCGACAAACAUUCAAAUAUCCAUCGGGUGCCUCCGGAAGCUCUAUUGGGCGAUCUAGGUGCAAAAACACCUGGUGUACCUACGGUGUAA